AUGUCAAACGUGAGCUUUCUUGAGUUGCAGUACAAGCUCUCUAAGAACAAGAUGCUGAAGACGCCUUCAAGGAUGUUCUCUAGAGACAGACAAUCUUCAGGCCUGUCUUCGCCCGGAUCAGGAGGCGUCUCUCAGCCUACAAUCAACGAGAUGAGACGUGUUUUCAACAGAUUUGACUCAGACAAAGACGGGAAAAUCUCUCAGACAGAGUAUAAGGUGGUGCUGCGAGCUCUAGGACAAGAAAAGGCGAUCGAGGACGUCCCCAAAAUCUUUAAGGCCGUGGAUCUGGAUGGUGAUGGGUUUAUUGACUUCAGGGAGUUUAUGGAAGCACACAAGAAAAGUGGAGGGCUUAAGUCUUUGGAUAUACGAAACGCUUUCUGGACUUUUGAUUUGAAUGGCGAUGGGAAGAUAAGCGCAGAGGAAGUGAUGUCGGUGCUGAGGAAGCUUGGGGAGAGGUGUGGCUUAGAAGACUGCAAGAGGAUGGUGAAAGCUAUUGAUGCAGAUGGAGAUGGAUUGGUUAAUAUGGAAGAGUUCAUGAGGAUGAUGACUCAAACUAUGAACAUUGUUUGA